ACUUUGACCCACCGAGCGGCGAGCGGUACCUUCCGCGCCACGCUCGUGCCCACAGAGAGAGAGAGAGAGAAAGAGAGAAAUACACUGAACUCACACACAGCCAUGGCGGUUCUGGGCCGACUAGUGAGAGCAGCUACGGCAUGGCGUACUGUCCCCUCCCCCAAAGCCCUGAUCCCGACCCCUCCACGUCCCCGCUCCCGGGACCUUCCUCGCCGCCUUUACCACCGGUGUGGUGAUCACCAGAGUCAUUCUAAUGCAUCUGAAGUUCGGCCACUAAGAUUGUUGCCUGAUGCUUAUGCUGUAUUUCCAGCUGUAUUGGCUGGUUUGUUUGGAGCUGGGGUGCUAGAAAUGGCCUAUGCAGAUGGCGAUGAGGCUGCUGGCAAACCUCCUUUGCCAUCAGAAUCUUCUCCAAAGUAUGCAGACUUGGAGGAAACUGCCAAGAAAGAACGACAGCGAAUUGAAGAGUUGCUUCGAAGUAAAGGAAUGACACGUGGUUCUUAUCCCCGCUUUACUGUUGGUGUUAAGGGCCAAAAGGUCACCAUAAAAUUCCAAAUUCCUCCUGCAUGUGAAAUUUCACAACUGAUUGCAAACCUUGUUUCACAUCUUGGACUGAAGGUUGAAGAGCGAGGUGGUGGCUCAGAUAUGUUGUUGCGUGCUUGGGACAGUCCAGUUGCUUGGCAAAUAAUACUUACUCAUCCAGAGAAAAAGAUGGAAGGUGAAGGGGAUGUGGGGAAUUCAAAAAAUAUAAGCGCAAUUGACAGCAAUAUAUGCAUCCUCAUAUUUGGUUCACUCAUUAGCUCAGACAAAGCUGAAAUUGAAUUCAUAAAGCCAGGGAGCUUGAGUCCCAAAGAGCUUGACGCUUUGGUGUCUGUUUUAGAAUUAGCUGGUGGAAAGUUGGGACAGAAUAAGACCGUAGAAAGAAAACCAAGGGAAGGUACUACAAAGGUGCCAUCUGCAGAAAAAUCAGUUGCUAGUCUUGAGUCCAUGGGAGUGAUAAUUUAUGGACUUGAUGAAGCCCGUGAUUUAUCCUCAAACACUGAGAUAUCAUGGGACAAUAUUGCUGGAUAUGAUCAGCAAAAACGAGAGAUAGAGGAUACGAUACUGUUGGCACUGCAUAGUCCUGAAGUAUAUGAUGAUAUUGCUCGUGGGACUCGGUGUAAAUUUGAGUCAAACAGGCCUCGAGCUGUGCUCUUUGAAGGUCCACCAGGUACAGGGAAGACAUCUUGUGCUCGUGUUAUUGCUAAUCAAGCGGGUGUACCUUUGCUGUAUGUGCCACUGGAGGUUGUCAUGUCAAAGUACUAUGGUGAAAGCGAACGUCUUUUAGGGAAAGUGUUUUCGCUUGCCAAUGAACUCCCUAAUGGUGCUAUCAUUUUUCUUGACGAGGUUGAUUCUUUUGCUAUUGCUCGUGAUAGUGAAAUGCAUGAAGCUACUCGCAGAAUCUUAUCAGUGUUGUUGCGACAGAUUGAUGGAUUUGAACAGGAUAAAAAAGUUGUGGUGAUUGCUGCAACAAAUAGAAAGCAAGACCUUGAUCCUGCUUUAAUUAGUCGGUUUGAUUCAAUGAUUACUUUCGGCUUACCUGAUCAACAAAAUCGUCAGGAAAUAGCAGCUCAAUAUGCAAAGCACCUAACAAAACCUGAAUUAGAUCAAUUUGCAAGAGUUACAGAAGAAAUGUCCGGAAGGGAUAUUAGAGAUGUAUGUCAACAAGCUGAGCGAUUGUGGGCGUCAAAGAUAAUUCGAGGACAAGCUCCUAAAGAUGCAGAACAAGGGGGUCUUCCUGGUCUGCAAGAAUACAUAGAGAGCGCCAUGACUCGGCGGAAGGCUUUACUUAGUAUUAUUGCAGACCAAAAGGUUCAAAAGUCUCAUCCUCUCAGAAAGAACCCGCAGCUGGAUUUAUGUUGAUUAAGGUGGAUUGGACCGGGAGAGAGAGAGAGAGAGAGCUCAUGGACAGCUUUCAUGUUUUUGCAGUAAAUUUUUUUUUGGGGGGGACGGUAAAUUUUGUAUAUUAGGUGGUAAAUAUUGACAUUGCAAAAUCAGAAUAAUUUAAUUUAAAAUUAUAUUCUGAGAAGGCGCUAUAACAUAUUCAGCAUGUGAAACAUAUAUAUCAUUUAAAUA